GACAUUUUGACGAUGGGCGAAUCACUGAAAAUAUACGAUUGUUUCAUUCAUUACGGUUCAUUAUAAAUGUUCUAGUAUUUUAUCAUUAUUUUCAAUUCGUUUUCAAUAUUGUUUUCAAUGGUUUUGUGCUACAUUCAGUUAAACACGCGAUUCGAUUAAAACGAAACAGAUGAGAACACAUUUGGAUCUAAGCCGGAAAGUUGGUCAACCAUUGAAUGUAGCCUCAAUUUUAAAUUGGCUUUGAAACAUUGAAGUCGAAAAAAAAUAAAAUUCGUUUUUGUGCAAUUUGUGGUGUGUUCAAGCAAUUGUGUGUUUUGUUGUGAAUAAUUGAGACAUAAAAAUGGCUCGGUCAUUGAAUGCAAGCCAGCAAAAGAUUUCCGAAAAAUUGGUCAUUCUAAACGAUCGCGGUGUCGGAAUACUAACGCGUAUUUACAAUAUAAAAAAAGCAUGCGGUGACACAAAAUCAAAGCCGGCAUUUCUGUCGGAUAAAUCGCUGGAGUCGGCAAUUAAAUUUAUCAUCAAACGUUUUCCAAACAUUGACGUCAAAGGUUUAGCGGCCAUUGCAAACAUCAAAACGGAAAUCAUUAAAUCAUUGUCAUUGUAUUACUACACGUUUGUUGAUUUACUUGAUUUUAAAGAUAAUGUGUGCGAAAUACUCACCACAAUGGAUGCUUGUCAAAUUCAUUUGGAUCUAACGGUGAACUUUGAACUAACACGAAACUAUUUGGACUUGGUGACAACAUACGUUUCAUUGAUGGUAUUAUUAUCACGUGUCGAAGAUCGUAAAGCCGUUUUGGGUCUAUUCAAUGCCGCCUAUGAGAUGCAACACAAUCAAAGUGAUCAAAAUUUUCCACGUUUGGGCCAAAUGAUUAUUGACUAUGAUGUGCCGCUUAAAAAACUCUCCGAAGAAUUCAUUCCACACAGUCGCCUAUUGUCAAGCGCACUGUUGUCACUCACUCAAAUUUAUCCGAUGCGUAAUUUAUCGGCAGAGAAAUGGCGUGAAUUGCAAAUUUUAAGUUUAGUCGGUAAUCCGGCAAUGUUAUUGAAAGCAUCGAAAACCGAUACAAUGUCAUGCGAAUAUGUAUCACUCGAAACAAUGGAUCGAUGGAUAAUUUUUGGUUUGCUACUGAAUCAUCAAUUGUUGGGACAAGCAUCGAACGCAACGCAAAUGUGGAUUUCAGCACUUGAAUCAAGCUGGGUGAUUGCAUUGUUUCGUGAUGAAGUCAUUCAUAUUCAUCAAUACAUUCAAAAUACAUUCGAUGGCAUGAAGGGGUACAGUAAACGUAUUUCAGAGGUUAAAGACUGUUACAAUCAUGCCAUUCAAAAAGCAAGUUUUUUGCAUCGUGAACGACGUAAGUUUUUAAGAACGGCACUAAAAGAAUUGGCACUUAUUAUGACCGAUCAACCUGGACUAUUGGGACCAAAGGCGUUGCUGGUAUUCAUUGGCCUUUGUUUUGCACGUGAUGAAAUUCUUUGGCUUUUAAGACAUAGCGAGAAUCCCCCGAUUGUGAAGAGCAAAGGAAAAACAACAGAAGAUUUAGUCGAUCGUCAGUUGCCCGAAUUGUUAUUCCACAUGGAGGAAUUGCGCGCUUUGGUUCGAAAAUACAGUCAAGUCAUGCAGCGUUAUUACAUUCAAUAUUUGUGUGGUUUCGAUGCAACCGAUUUAAAUAUUCGCAUUCAACAAUUGCAAGUGUGCCCCGAAGAGGAAAGUCUAUUGUUAACAACGCUUUACAAUACAGCCGCUACCGUAUCUGUGAAGCAAGUUGAAGAAAAUGAAAUUUUUGAUUUUCGUGCAUUCCGUUUGGACUGGUUCCGUUUGCAAUCGCUAAUGAGCAUGUCAAAAUCAGCCGUUCGUAUAAUGGAUCACGUUGAAAUGGCACGUCUCAUUGAUUCAAUGGUGUUUCAUACAAAAGUUGUUGACAAUCUCGAUGAAAUUCUUGUGGAAACAUCGGAUUUGUCGAUAUUUUGCUUCUAUAGUAAAAUGUUCGAAGAUCAAUUUCAUAUGUGUUUAGAAUUUCCAGCACAAAAUCGUUAUAUCAUUGCAUUUCCAUUGAUAUGCAGUCAUUUUCAAAAUUGUACACAUGAAAUGUGCCCGGAGGAGCGCCAUCAUAUUCGUGAGCGUUCAUUGUCUGUGGUGAAUAUGUUUUUGGAUGAAAUGGCAAAAGAGGCUAAAAACAUAAUAACAACCAUUUGCGAUGAACAGUGCACAAUGGCUGAUACAUUGUUGCCAAAACAUUGUGCCAAAAUUCUGUCAGCCACAGCUAGUCGAAAAAAUAAAGGCAAGGGUAAAAAACAUUUGGAAGAUAUUCGAAAGCCAGGCGAUGAAAGCUAUCGGAAAACGCGCGAAGAACUAACAACAAUGGAUAAAUUGCAUAUGGCAUUAACUGAACUAUGCUAUGCAAUCAACUACUGUCAAACAAUCAAUGUAUGGGAAUAUGCAUUUGCACCGCGAGAAUAUCUGUGUCAACAUUUGGAAAAUCGCUUUUCACGCGCUCUCGUCGGUAUGGUAAUGUACAAUUCCGAUACAAUGGAAAUUGCCAAACCAUCGGAAUUGUUGACAUCGGUGCGUGCAUACAUGAAUGUAUUACAGACAGUGGAAAAUUACGUACAUAUUGAUAUAACACGUGUAUUCAACAAUUGCCUGUUACAACAAACACAAGCCACUGAUACGCAUGGAGAAAAAUCAAUUGCAUCACUCUACAAUACAUGGUAUUCGGAUGUUUUGUUGCGUCGCGUAAGCGGCGGUAACAUUGUUUUUUCAAAAAAUCAACAAGCAUUCGUUAGCAUUACACCAGAAGGUUGUAUCCCAUUCAAUCCAGAAGAAUUUUCCGACAUAAAUGAAUUACGAUCGUUGGCCGAAUUAAUUGGACCAUAUGGCAUUAAAUUACUGAAUGAAACGCUGAUGUGGCACAUUGCCAAUCAGGUACAAGAACUCAAACGAAUGGUUAUUCUAAAUAAAGAAGUAUUAAUUACAUUACGCACCAGUUUCGAUAAGCCUGAAGUUAUGAAAGAACAAUUCAAACGAUUACAACAAGUUGACAAUGUAUUACAACGAAUGACAAUCAUUGGCGUUAUCUUGAGUUUUCGUCAUUUGGCACAAGAGGCACUCGUUGAUGUACUUGACCAGCGAAUUCCAUUUUUAUUGAGUUCAAUUAAGGAUUUCCAAGGACAUCUACCAAUCAAUGAUCCGAUAAAAGUAGUCUCGGAAAUGGCAUCGGCCGCUGGUCUUCAAUGCAAAGUUGAUCCAACACUUGCGAAUGCAUUACGCUCCCAGAAACCGGACAAUGAUGAAGGCGAACAUUUAAUCGCUUGUUUACUAAUGGUAUUUGUGGCUGUAUCAAUUCCAAAAUUGGCACGUAACGAAAAUCUUUUUUAUCGUGCAUCACUUGAGGCUCAUUCGAAUAAUACUCAUUGCAUGGCAUUGGCCAUCAAUAAUAUAUUCGGUGCAAUGUUUACAAUUUGCAAUCAAAACGAUAUUGAAGAUCGUAUGAAAGAGUUUCUUGCAUUGGCCAGUUCAUCGUUGUUGCGUUUGGGCCAAGAGUCUGACAAAGAAGCGACACGAAAUCGUGAAUCAGUCUAUUUGUUACUCGCUCAAAUUGUCGAAGAGUCACCAUUUUUGACAAUGGAUUUACUUGAGUCAUGUUUUCCAUACGUAUUGAUACGAAACGCGUAUCAUGCUGUUUACAAACAAGAGCAAAUCCUCUACAAUUAAAUUCGUAGCAUACAAUUAUUUUAGUCUAGAGGCCAAUCGAUGUAAAAAAAAAAAAAUUUGAAAACCAAAAAAAAAAAUCAAAACCACAAAAUUUAGAUUUAUUGUCCAAAAAUCUCGGUACCGCAAACUACAUGUACAUUAUAAAUAGAAAAACACAUGCAAAAAAGAAAAACAAACAAAUGUUUCGGAUAAAGAAGCACCCAUUAAAUCAAUAAAUUAUGGUAUUACAUUUGAAACACAGCAA